AUGCUAAUAACAAUACAAAUUUCUUUAGAAUUGUCCAAUUUACUAAAGUGCAAAACUAUAGUAUAUUUGCUGUUAUACGUGAUAAAACGCAUGGCAUACUUAGUUGAGUUUUCACCAUUAUGCGUAAGUGAGUUUGAAUCUAAAUAUAAAUUCCGAUUAACAUUAAACACCAUUGGCUUGUUAUUUGAUAUUGUACAUUGUUCACUCAAAUGGAUUAAUGUCACUACUGGUUGUAUUAGCCGUUGUAAUGCAACAGAUAAUACAACAACAAAUAUACUUGAAAAAUUUGCAAACUUUUUGAGUAAAUACGAUGGAAAUAGCACUAAAAGUGAGGUGAUGUAUUAUCCCAUGUUGAUUGUAAAUAAAAUUACACUUCUUGAAAUGCAUAAUUCUCACACUUUGCUUAAUGCUAGGGAAUACGGGUUAAAGAAAGAUUUUAUAUUAUUAAAUAGCGUAGAAUUGGAUGGAAGUAGUACAAGUAUUUGA